CUGACGUGAGGAACAAGUGUUUUUUUCAACUAUUCGUUGCAAAGUGUCUCAUUGUUGAAAUAAUUCAAGAUCAUUCUCGAUAAAACUGUACCCCACCCCCGAAUAAUCGGUGAGACCAGCGAAUACUGAUAUAAAUAGAGAAGAUGGCGAGCCCGGCAUCAACAUCCGACGUCAAGUUAUUCACGCGAGCUGAGGUCUCCAAGCAUAAGGACAACAAAGACACUUGGAUUAUUAUUCACAAUAGUGUCUAUGAUGUCACCAAGUUUCUUGCUGAGCACCCUGGAGGUGAAGAAGUCCUGUUAGAACAGGCAGGAGCAGAUGGAACUGAACCCUUUGAGGAUGUGGGACAUUCCAGUGAUGCCAGACAGAUGAUGGAGCCGUAUAAAAUUGGAGAGAUUGUGGAGGAGGAGAGAAAUCCCUCCUCGAAAGACGACAAAAAGCGAGAUUGGGCGAAUGGAACUGGAGAAGACGACGGAUCCAGUGGUUCAUGGAGAUCCUGGCUGAUUCCAAUAACCCUAGGAGUCCUUGCAACAAUCGUAUACCGUUAUUUCAUCGGUGCUCGCUGAAGAAUACAUUCCUCAAAUAACCGCUAAGAGAUUCACAACUCAAUAUCUCAUCCUUCAUUCUCUCUCUCUCAAAGCUUUAUCAGGGAGUUCAAACACAAAGCCGAAGAGGGAGGAGAUACAGCAAACUUGUUACAUGAAUAAUUUUUAUUAUUUUUACAUUGUAUUAGGUACAAUUAGGGAAUGUCUUUUUGUCGUGGGAUCAGUGGGCCUAGCGAUGAAAAUAAAUGAUAACGUGAAUAUAUUUACGUACGUUCUAUUGAAUAUUUUGUGGACAAAUGUAUAAUACUCCUGCAACGGUAGAGUGAAUUACUGCCACAUUGGUUGAAUUAAAAAUGAGUUGAGUCGAGUGGUAAAACGUUAGUGAACAAAUGGUUUUCUAAUCUUGUUGAGUAGUAAAUCAUCUCAAUGAUCUUUUUCCGAACUCUAAGGAGUUUCAUUCUGUUCGAAUAUCAAUGCCGAAUUUCAAAUCAAAAGACAGGGAAAUUUAAUAGUUUUACCACUUGGCAGCUGGAAUUUAUUGAAUGUAAUUUCUAUUUAUGGAAAGAAAUCUUUUCUAUCGUGAAUUACAAUCACUGUGUAUGAUUUUCGUUGUAAUAAAUCAAAAUGGAACAUGAG